GGAAUAGAGGUUCCUUAGGGCCUAAGUGAGUUCUAUAGACGAGCAGUUGGUCCGUGUGGAAGCGACACCAUGGCAGGCAGAGGCAGGAUGGCGGAGGACGUAGCCACAGCUUCCAGUUACCGAGAGGUCCAGCCCCAGCACAUGCACCUGGAGCUCACAGUAGACACAGAGGCUCGUAUGCUGCGGGGUUCCCAGCGGCUGGAUUUGCAGGUGCUACGGGAGACCGAGGAACUUCGACUGGACACACAUCGCUGCUUGCGGGUGCGGGGGGUUCGGCUGGAGAAGAACCAGGGGAAACACGAGACGCUGUCGUGGGAGGAGAAGCCUUUCACAGGUUAUGGCACUAUGGUUGUUCUGCGGCUGCCCAGCCUUCUGCCCUCGGGAGCCAGGAUUCGGGUGAUCAUCGAUUACGAGGCUGCAGACAGCCCAGGGGUUUGUUGGUUGGACCCACAACAGACUGCAGGCAAGAAGAAGCCUUACAUGUACACGCAAGGCCAGGCAGUUCUUAACCGCUCCUUCUUCCCAUGCUUUGAUAGCCCUGCUGUUAAAUGCACCUAUUCUGCCAAUAUCAAGGUACCUGAGGGUUUUACAGCUGUUAUGAGUGCAAAUAACUCAGACCGCCAAGGUGAUACUUUUAUCUUCAAAAUGACACAACCCAUUCCAGCAUAUCUGGUAGCUCUGGUGGUUGGUGACAUUGUAUCCGCCGAGGUAGGGCCAAGGAGCCGUGUCUGGGCUGAGCCUUGUCUUAUAGAAGCAGCUAAAAAGGAGUAUGAUGGAGUGAUCGAGGACUUCCUAAAAGUGGGGGAGAAGCUAUUUGGUCCUUAUGUAUGGGGAAGGUAUGAUGUACUGUUCAUGCCACCAUCUUUCCCAUUUGGUGGAAUGGAAAACCCCUGCAUCACAUUUGUCACCCCAUGUCUGCUGGCUGGCGAUCGCUCAUUGGCUGAUGUUAUCAUACAUGAGAUUUCACACAGCUGGUUCGGGAACCUGGUCACCAAUGCCAACUGGGGAGAAUUUUGGCUGAAUGAGGGCUUCACAAUGUAUGCCCAACGUAGAAUUACAACUGAAUUAUAUGGUCCUGCGUACACUUGUCUGGAAGCAGCUGCUGGAAGAGCCCUGCUACGGCAGCACAUGGACACUUCUGGGGAAGACCAUCCUUUGAACAAAUUGCGAGUAAAGAUAGAGCCUGGGGUGGAUCCAGAUGAUACGUAUAAUGAGACUCCCUACGAAAAAGGAUUCUGCUUUGUUUCAUACCUAGCCCACCUCACUGGGGACCAGACAAAAUUUGAUGACUUUUUAAAGGCCUAUGUAAAUAAGUUCAAAUUCCAAAGCAUUCUUGCUGAUGAAGCCCUUGAGUUUUAUCUAGAAUAUUUUCCAGAACUGAAAGCACGGGGAGUGGAUAAGAUAGCUGGUCUGGAAUUUGACCAUUGGUUAAACACUCCAGGAUGGCCUCCUUUCCUCCCAGACCUGUCCCCUGGAGAGGCACUUAUGAAACCAGCGGCAGAACUAGCAAACCUCUGGUCUUCUACACCACUUGAUACUGAAACGAUUUCAAAAGUCGAUCCCACCAAAUGGAGAACCUAUCAACUUGUUUACUUUUUGGAUAGGGUACUGGAAUUGUCACCAUUACCUAAUGGAAAUAUUGAACAACUGGAAAAGUUUUAUCCAAAGAUUUCCAAUGCCACAAAUGCUGAGCUGCGCAUGCGCUGGGCCCAGAUUGUGUUGAGGAAUGACUACCAGCCCCACUUUCAUAAAGUCAGGGACUUUCUCCAUUGCCAGGGGAAACAGAAGUAUACUUUACCUUUGUAUCGUACCAUGCAAGCUGGCUCAGAGGCAGCGCAGGCCCUUGCUAGGGAGACCUUUAUCCAAACUUGCCCACAGCUUCAUGCCAAUGUUCAGAACUACGUGAAGAGGAUCCUAGGCACAUAGAGCCACACUUCUGCUAUUGAAGCUCAACUUAAAGUGGACAUGUCACCUAGACACAAAAAGCUGUAUAAUAAAAGUCCUUUGCAAAUUAAACAUGAAAUCCAAUUUCUAUUAUUUAUUAAAGCAUUCAUCGCUGUUGUAAACUCAUUUUAAAAUCAUUUUAAAAUCUCAGCUGUCAAUCAAAUAUUGUCUGCCCCUCCUCUAUGCCAUAGGCAAAGAGGCGGGGCAGACAAUUACUUUCACUUUCCAUUUAGCACUUCUUAGAUGUCACUGCUCUCCCCACAUUCCCCUGUUCUCUUUACCAUUUAAUUGUGUAACCAGUACAUGGGGAUUGACAUUUGUUCCCCCAGUCUGGUGCACAAACAAGAUUCUGAGAUGAUACAAGGCUUGUCUUGAUAACAGUGCCCACAAAAUGACUCCUGCCUGCUUGUUAUAAUUAUGAAUUCCCAGACUGAAGGAAACAAGAUUCAAAUAAUUUAUAUAGUGUAAUUAAAGUUCAUUUUGCUUGACUGAUGUGAUAAAAUAGGAUUUGGAAUCAUUUUUUUGGGUGACGGGUCCCCUUUAAGGUACAAAGGAGAGUGUAUAUCGAAGAGCAACAUUGUCCCAUUACAGAAUAGAAGCGCAAUCGACAUACUGUGUGAGCCUGUCAUAACUGAAAAUGCAAUAAAGCAAAACAAACAUCA